AUGUGCACACGUGCCAAUGCGGCGUUCGUGUUGGAUAUUGUGCCUUGCGUGCCUGGUGCGCCCGGCACAUUGCCUGCGUGGUGCCGUGCGUGGCUAAUGGGACUUGGCGUGCCUGCCCUUUACGUGCCGUCUGGCAUGAUGCCCGUGCCUUGUAUAUGUGUGCCCGUGCGUGCCUGCGUGUGCGCUUGUAUACAUGUGCCUGUGCGCGUGCGUGCCUGUGCACACGUGCCUUGUGUAUAUGUGUGCCUGUGCGUGCCUGCGUGUGCGCUUGCCGUGCCUGGCGGCGUGCGUGCCUGGCACCGCAAUAAUUAUAUGUGGCCUUGCGUGCCUGCCGUGCGCCUCGUGCCUGUGCACGUGUCGUUGCACGUGCCUUGUGUAUAUGUGUGCCCGUGCGUGCCUGCGUGUGCACUUGUAUACAUGUGCCUGUGCGUGCGUGCCUGUGCACCGUGCUGCGUAAUAUGUUGCCCGUGCGUGCCUGCGUGUGCGGCAGACAUGUGCCUGCUGGCGUGCGUGCCUGUACCGUGCGCGUUAUAUGUGGCUGUGCGUGCCUGCGUGCGCAUUCGUGCCUGUCGGCGUGUGCUGCGUCGCUUGGUAUAUGUGUGCUGUGCGUGCCUGCGUGUACGCAGCACAAUGUGCCUGUGCGCGUGCGUGCCUGUGCACACGUGCCUUGUUAUAUGUGGCCCGUGCGUGCCUGCGUGUGCGCUUGAUAUGUGCCUUCUGCGUGCGUGCACGUAA